GCCUCCUCCAAACCCACCGAUUCCUCCUGUGGGGUUGGGAGCAUCCGUGCCUUUCUCCUCUCCCUUUGGGGGCGCUUGUGGGGCAGCAUCCAUGGGCUCUGCUGGGGUCCCCCUGUUGCUGCUGCUGGUGGGGACGCUGGCCCGGAUGCCUGGAAGCGAAGGGGGUGGGGAGGAGACCCCGGCCCAUUUCCUGGCCCAGUGGAAGUGUGAGUGCCACUACCUCAAUGGGACGCAGCGGGUGCAGUUCCUGUUCAGGUACAUCUACGAUCAGCAGGAGAUCGUCCGCUUCGAUAGCGACCUCGGGAGACACGUGGCCAUCACGGAGUUUGGGCGGCCAGAUGCGGACAAGUGGAACAAUCCACAGUUCCUGAAGAUGGCGAAGGCCCAAGUGGAUCAAUUCUGCCGAUUCAACUACGGGACGCUCCAGAGGAAUUUUCUGGUUGGCCGGAGAAUCAAGCCCACCGUCGCCAUCUCCGCCACUAAGAUGGACCCCGCUUCCCCCAACACCAUCCUCCUCUGCACCGCAAUGGGCUUUUACCCCAUGGAGAUCGAGAUCCAGUGGCUGAAGAACGGCCGGCCAGAGAAGGAGGGCGUGGCCUUCGGGGAGGAGCUCCAGAAUGGAGACUGGACCUACCAGCUCCAGGUGAUUCUGGAGACCCAGCCCCAGUGGGGGGACCUCUACACUUGCAAGGUGGAGCAUGCCAGCCUGGAGGCUCCCAUCACUGUCCAGUGGGAGCCCCGUUCCUCCAACUCUGCCAGGAGCAAACUCUGGACGGGGGUCGUGGGGGCUGUGCUGGGGGUGGCCUUCCUGUCUGUGGGGCUCUUCUCUUACCUAAAGAGCAAGAAAGCAACUCCCAGACAAUUUCCUGCAGAACUCCUGGGUUAAUCCUGCCCUCAUUCCCGCUUUCUGAUGUGAAAGAUUUCUGCCUUUGAAGGACAUUGAAGGUGGCCGAUUGGGGAGGGGAGAAUAAUCACGGCCUGGACCAGUAGUGGGAUUCAAAUAAUUUAACACUGGUUCUCUGCCCUAAUGACCGGCUGAGUGGGCGUGGCCAUGGUGGGCGUGGCCAUGGUGGGCGUGGCCAGGGGAUGUGACAGGCAGCACUUGGCCUCUUGCACCCCCCUGAGAGCAAAAACUGGCCGUGGCGGGGGGGAGGUGCGCCGCCCCCCCCACACUUCAUUUUUGGCCUACCAUGUUUCCCUGAAAAUAAGACCCUGUCUUAUAUUUUUUUGAACCCUGAAAUAAACGCUUGGCCUUACUAACAUGCGCUCAAAAGCCCGAUUGGGCUUAUUAUCAGGGGAUGUCUUAUUUUGGGGAAAACAGGGUAGUAGGCCUCCCUGCAGCCUGCUGGGAGCAAAAACGGACCACGAGGGAGCCACACCGUACCCCCGCGCCCCAUUUUGUACCUAGUAGGCUUCCCUGCAGCCUCCUGGGUGCAAAAAUGGGCCACGGUGGGGCCAUGCCACACACCCCGUGCCCUGUUUUGGGACUAGUAGGCCUCCCUGCACUUACCUGGGAGCCAAAACGGGUGCGUGGGGACUUCUGGAAGGGACAGGGGUGGGCCAGCCAGCAACAACUGGUUCGGCCGAAGUGGUGCAAACCGGUUGAAUCCCACCAUUGGCCUGGACCUUCUCCUGCUGAGAUUUAACAGCUUCCUUUCAGAUCCUCCCUUUUAAGGAGUAGGAGACAGGAAGAGGGUGGAGAUCAUCUAGUCUUCCCCCUGGAACUCUUGGCCUGCCUGUCCCUCUAGACCCCUCAACCUCUCCUGCUCAGCUGAGUCCCCCAUUCACAGCCACAGCUCCAACCAUCCACCAGACAGCCACUUCACCUGAAACUCAUCUGGUGAUUAGCCAAAUGUGGAGAUCCAGUGAAAUCCCAGAAUUUAUGCAUCCUGAGAUCCACACACUGCUAUCUACUGCCCUGGGAAGCCACCCUUGGAAUUUCUGAAUCCAGUUCUGGCCACCACAAUACAAAUAUAUAUAUAUAUAUAUAUAUAUUGAUACUCUAGAAAGAGUCCAGAAAAGAGCAGCAAAGAGAAUGAGGGGUCUGGAGGCUAAAAUGUACAAUAAACAAUAUAAUAAACAGUUGAAGGAAGGGGGUGUGUCUGGUCUAACAAAGAGAAGGAAUAGGGGUGACACGAUAAGAGCCUUCCAAUAUUUGAGAGGCUGCCACAGAGAAGAGGGGGACUUAAAGGCAAGACAAGAAGGAACACAUGGAAGAUCAUUGCAGAGAGAUCGAACCUAGAAGGAAGAAGUAGCUUCCUGACAAUGGAUGGAUUUGCCUCCAGAAGUUGUGGGUGCUCCAUCACUAGAGGCUUUUAAGAAGAGAUUGGACAGCUAUUUCUCCGGAAUGAUAUAGGGCAGUGGUGGCGAACCUAUGGCACGCGUGCCAGAAGGGGCACUCAGAGCCCUCUCUGUGGGCACCCUAGCCGCUAGACUAUCUCGCUCACCUUCCCACAAGACAAAGAAAACAAGCUCUCAAUCCUCGACCAGGGUUACAAGGAAAACUCCCUCCCUUCCUCCUUAAAAGCGGAACCUUACAAUAGUGGCGCAGCAUACAAGGAGAAGAGUAUUGAGUAGGGGUCCUCAAACUACGGCCCACAGGCUGGAUAUGGCCCGCCGAAGCCAUUAAUUCAGCCCGCGCGGGACCCACAUCGCCUCACCUACCUGCCGGCCCCCGUUUGCCUUCUGGAGGCCAAGGAGGCCAAAAACAGGCCCAUUUUUGGCUUUCCCGGCCUCCAGAGAGAGGGAGAGGGAGAGAGAAAGGGAGGGAGGGACACACAACACACACACACACACACACACACAAAUGCAGAAGUCCCUCUCACACACCCCAAGGCAGCCGCAUCCCUUCACUAACCUGAUUUCCACUCCCAGGAGCAUAACAAAUUAAAGUUUAAUUUGUGUGUAUUGUUUAAUGGACUGCUAAAUUGGCCAUGCACACCCAGUCACAUGACCAGAGGUGGGUUUCCACAGGUUCUGACCAGUUCUGGAGAACCGGUAGCAGAAAUUUUGAGUAGCACAGAGAACCGGUAGUAAAAAUUGUGACUGGCCCCGCCCCCACCUAUUCUCUGCCUCCCAAGUCCCAGCUGAUUGGGAGGAAAUGGGGAUUUUGCAGUAACCUUCUCCUGGAGUGGGGUGGGAAUGGAGAUUUUACAGUAUUCUUCCCCUGCCAUGCCCACAAAGCCACGCCCACAAAGCCACAUCCACAGAACCGGUAGUAAAAAAAUUUGAAACCCACCGCUGUAAUGUAAAUGAAGCGGGCUCUGAUAGAUGACCACUGGAUAACUUUCUAUUCACUCUAUUCUAAAAAGCAAUGCAUCCGGUUGGAAAAAGUACAAACUCAGCCAAAAUCCUUUUGGUUCCUCUAGGAGGCCUCUAAGUUGUCAAAAGAAAGGAACAUUCUAAUGACAUACAGCUUAAAGGUUGGUUAGGUCAAGGGGAUCCACAUGAGUUAAAAGUUGUCUAUCGUCAGAAGAUGAUUUGAAUCUAUGCUUCAGUAAUCUACAAAAAGAAUUAUAACUUUUGCAAAGAAACUCAGUAAUUAGGAAAUGUCAAUUAAAAAUGACAAAUGUAUAUGACCAUAUGAAUUGCUGAGUUAACAGAAUCCUUUGUCUAGAAGGGUAUAAAACCAUUGUACCUAAUUUCUGUCUUUGUUCAACGCUUCAUGUACAGAGCUUUGAACCUAUUGCGCAAUAUAUAAUUUGUCUCUGAUUAAUCUAAAAGUUGUGUUUGUCUUAUUAAAUCCACAACAACUGCACAUAACCACGUAGCCACACCUAACCAGCCAGUCUGGCCCCCCAACAGUCUGAGGGACCGUGAAUUGGCCCCCUGUUAAAAAAGUUUGAGGACCCCUGGUAUUGAGCAUCGGCCCAACACCCAAGCCACGCUUGCCAGGAACGGCCGUUUCCUCCACUCUUCUCGAGGAAUUUUGCACACUGCUCUCCCCCCUCCCCUCUGGCGCACACCUUUUACGUGCCGCGGUCCUUUCCGUUGCCCCGGUGUGGAGGAGGAAGCGGCGCCUGAAAGAUUCACGUGGAAUCUCACCUCGAGGUUCCCUUUCAUUUUCAAGUCCAUUCAGUGGCGGGACUUUCCUGCAGAAACCGGUGUGGGGGGAGCAAUUUGGCCGGCGAAUUGGGAAGAGCGUGCCUAGGCUUGCCUCCCCUGUGCUGCUGCUCACAGCUCUUGGGAGCAGCCGGGAAGCCCCUGAAAAGCUUUGGGAGAAAGAAGGUGAAUGCUCCAUUUCCCCUCGGGUGGGUGGGUGGUUAAAUAAUGACUCUUCUUCCCCCACCGUCUCUCCAUGUGCCCAGCUUGGCUCUUGUGUUAUUCAAUAGGGUUGUGAGGAGGAGUCCCAGUUAUUGGUUAGCCGAAUUACCCUCCUGAUCAGUAACUUGGUUUUUCCCCGCCUGCUCAUAAGCCCGUCCUGAAAGUUACCUGCAAAGCCUGAAUCAAAACUGUUCAUAGCUUGUCUCUAAAAGUCUACGGUUCGCUGCGUUAUCUUACAUACACCACACCUAUAACACAGAAGCCUUGACUCUUUUAACUUUCCCAAGUUCAAAAGCAUGGCAAAGGCAAACUUUUACCUUUCAAUAAAAAGUUGUUUGUACCAUUGAAA